AUGAAUCCCAAACCAGUAUCCGCCGGCCACAUCAGCUUUGGCAACAGCUGGUGGGCUGAAUUCUCCUCUCCCCGUUCGAUAACAGAUGAAGAGCGACUCGUCGAAGCCAGGAAAGCUCAGGACGCCGAUGGAGACGAUCUGGGCCUCUUUUUUAUCGACUCUCGGGACACCACCGCCCCUUUAGAGGUCGACGUGGUGGAAAGCUUCUGUCGGGGUACGAAUCUCGAGUACGUCGAGAAAGGAAAAGGAUCGGCAGGAAGCCUGAGGACCGUCUGGCUUGAUGACAGGAACAGUCCUGGCUUUGAGGGAAGUGGAGACACGAGGGUACAUGAGAACCCAUUGACGGCGACUGGAUUACUACGGGCCUUGGCGGAGAAACAACUCAAUCAUGAGAAAUUAUGUAACGCGGCAAGAAGGUUAAUCUACGUUUCGGAUUUGAAUCCGGACUGUAUUCAUGCUCUGGCAGCUACGGCAUCAUCGCUCCAUGCUCGUGCCUUGCGAAGUACUAUCUACAGGCAUCUCGUAUUCCGGCCCUCCGUUGGGGUCAAGAUACCCUCUGCGGGCUGUCUUAGAUUCCAGCUGGAACUCCACCUACCUUUCUUUAUUAUGAGAAAAUCCACGCCACCCGACAAAACCCCUCAGGGCACUGUCAAGACGAAGCCCGACAGAGGCUGGACAGAUCUUUCCUUCUUGAGGCUCGAUGCCUGUGACUCCAACAGCCGGUCCUCAGAGCCAGAGGAGGUUUGGUGUAUGCAGGAAGCCCAGAUAUCGUGUGUGGUAACUGGAACGGACGACUGGAGAUGGACCGGAUAUGGUUUCGUUGACGCUGAGGUUGACGGUGAGCUGGCUGAAGCACCGGAAUCGGAUAUGUGCUUCGAUCAAAUAGCAGGCGACGGCGAAGUCGAGGCAAACCUUCCGAUCUGGAGACCACGCGACUGGUGGAUCAAGGUAUUCGAGGUCCGGAUUGACCAAGUCACGGGACACUAUGAAAAUCUGGUACAUAAACUGAACUCUGCGUUCGAUCAAUAUAUGAAAGACCAUCCAUUUAGCUUGUCCCCCCGACGGACCACUUCACGGCACCAAACUACUGAGAUACAAGCAGCUUUCGAGUGGACUCUCCAAAUGAUGAGGGUCUUGACCAAGCCUCGCAAUGUGCUCUUGGCCACAGUCGAGGCAUGGCGCGCUUUCGACUCCGAAGACGGAGAUGUGCAGUACUUCUCCGACGACCUUCAUGCCGCUGCCAGAGAGACAAGUCAAGCAUUCGAGGCCUCCGCUGCGCGUUGCCGUUCGACGAAGAAUAUCAAAGCGAAGUAUCGUGAGCUGCGUGGAUAUCUUAGCGAGAUAGUUGCGCUCGACAAGAGUUGUGCGGAUUACAAGAAAGCUCUGGAAUUAAGCCUGUUGCUUGGCCAAAAGCAGACAGCUGACAAGAAUGAAUUCACCAACGUCUUUACCGUCAACCUCCUCUACCCAUUUGGACUAGCGGCUGCUGUCUUCAGCAUGCAGCAAGCUGCCAUCCCUUUCCCACAGACACCGAAGGCAUUCGGUAUCACGGCGGUCUUCUUCAUAUGUCUAGUGGCUCUCAUCCAGUCUUUUGUUAUCCAUGCACAGCCUUGGCUGUGGAAAAUGGUCACGCCGUGGCUUGAGAGAGGUGUGAGAGAGGAGACCAAUGGGAGUAUGCCUGACGCUCUAGUCAAAAAGAAGGAGGAAAUAGUGAAAGGCGGGGCCCAGGAAAGGGUAACCGAUGUAACUGAUGAGGAGAGUGUCACGCCUAAGAUGUCGAGGGAUAAGAGUAGGACUUGGAAGAGUUGGGUGACAAGAUCCUCCACUGAGAGAACUUUAGUUGGGUAA